ACCAGAAAGUACAAUUACCUGUGAAAGCACUUUGGGUUUAAGCCGGGAUCUCAUCACAAUAGUUACAGACUUCUGGAUUUCACAAAGGCUCAUGAGUCUCUCUUGCUUUCUGUAUGAUCUAAAACAGUUAAUAACUGAGUGAUCUUGUAAGUUGGGUAAUCUAAGUUUGGCAGUUUUUCUGAACAGCUUUUUAAUCUGUUGGAUAGACUGUACAAUGGUGCUAGCCUAGAAUGGAAGUUCAGAAUCUUUCCUUUUUAAAUCUGUUCUCAAGAGAGGUGUGGACCGUUGCAGUGUUUUUAUUUGUUUUCUUGAUUGUGUUUGAUGUUCUCCACACUCGUGUUCCCAAGAAUUUUCCACCUGGUCCCUUCGGACUGCCGUUUUUCGGUAAUACCUUUCAGCUGGACCUAAAGAAUCCUCAUCUCCAGUUUUGCAAGUUUGCAGAGAAGUAUGGAGAUAUUUUUAGCCUGAGGAUUGGAUAUUCUUACCUUGUUGUCAUAAAUGGUUUAAAUGCUUUUAAAGAGGCUGUGGUUCACCAGACAGAUGUUUUUGCAGGAACAGCAGCAUUUCCAGUUUUUGAUGAUAUUGUCAAGGGACACGGUAUACAUUUCUCAGAUGGAAACGUAUGGAAAGAGCAACGGAAGUUUGCACGAAUGACAUUAAGAAGGUUUGGUGUUGGGCAAAAGUCUUUGGAAACUCAAAUUCUUGAGAAAAUUAAAGAUCUUCAAGAUGCAUUCAAACGAGAGAAGGGACAACCAUUCAAUCCUCAAACCAAGAUACAUACAUCAAUUUUAAACGUAAUUUGUUCAAUUGUUUUCGGAGAACAGUAUGACUGUGAUGGUACCCAUGCUGAUAUACAAGAAUUCCGUCUUAUACUUGACAAAGUUGCAAAAUUUUUGACGAAUAUUUGGGUUCAGCUAUAUAAUUCAUUUCCAAAGUUAGUGAGACAUCUGCCAGGCCCACAUAAUGAUCUAUUUGCUUCAUGGAAAAGUUUAGAGGACCUUUUCCAAAAGAACAUCAAGCAGCACCGGGAGAGAUGGAACCCAACAGAACAAAGGGAUUUCAUUGACUGCUUCCUUUUACAAAUGCAAAAGGCUGCUCCUAACUCUAGUUUUGAUGACCAAAAUCUGCUGUAUACAUCAUUGGAUCUUUUCUUUGCUGGAUCUGAGACGACAGCUACCACAUUACUUUGGGCACUGCUGUACAUGGCAGGGUAUCCAGACAUUCAAGAGAAAGUCCAUGAUGAGAUUGUGAGUGUAAUUGGCCAGCAAGAUCCUGUGAUGGAUGAUCGAAUCAAUCUUCCUUACACCAAUGCAGUUGUUCAUGAAAUACAGCGAAAAGGCAUCUUAGUCCCAUUUACUCUUCACAGGAAAACUACUCGAGAUACAACAGUGGGAAAAUACUUCAUACCAAAGGGCACACAAGUAAUUGCAAACCUCUACUCAGUGUUGAUGGACAAAUCAGAAUGGGAAACACCUGAGGAAUUUAAUCCUGAACACUUCCUGAACAAAGAUGGGAAAUUUGUGAGAAAGGAAGCAUUUGUCGCUUUCUCUGGAGGAAAACGCAACUGCAUGGGAGAACCACUGGCUAGAAUGCAAUUGUUCCUUUUCUUCACUUCUUUAAUGCAGAAGUUCAAAUUUGUUUUUCCUGUGGGUGUCAAGCCAAGUUUUGAAGCUGUAAUACUUAAACAUCAGCGUGUGCAGGAACUGCAACAUCAAGUGGAAGAUCUCCAGCGAUACUUGCAGGAGCAAGGCACUAAGCCCGAAGAUGUGACUCAAAGUAGUGAGGAAUUGCAACGUGGGUUAACUAAAAAAGAUGAAGAUAUGCGGGCAAUGGAGGAAAGGUACAAAAUGUACCUCGAGAAAGCUCGUAAUCAUGAUUGUGAGCAAGCAAAACUUCGUGAGCAUGAGGAGAACCUGUUAGUAACAGCUUGGUACAAUAAGAGUUUGGCUUUUCAGAAGAUGGCAAUUGAAGCUCGACUUGAAGGCCUCAGUUCAAAUAAAAAUCGGUCCUUCUCAGCACAACAACGACAGGUUACCAGUUCACAGAAAGCACCUACAGUUGCCGUGGCUGCAGCACCUCCCAAAUAGAACGACUUGGAAUCUAUCGAAUAUGUACAGAAUGUGUCUACAUUAAAAAAGCUCAAGAGUAGAAAGAAAAAUUAUGAUAUACAUCAGUGUUUAGUAAUUCUGCUCCUUCUAAGAAUAGAUUUCCUUUCUAACGGAAAUGAUUACCUUUAACGUGUAAAGAAUUGCUUUUCUUUUUGAAUAUAGUAGCACAAAGCGGUAAGGGCUAAAGAUGGGGGAGAAAAAGCAUUUUCCUAAGAUUUAAACGUAUGUAAAAUUGGUAUAUAUCAUAUUUUAAAAUAGGUGACAAUGUAAUCAUAAGUUCAAAGUUCAUCUGUUCUGUAUAACAAAUUUUCACAUGUUUUAAUUUUUUAUUAAGAGAAUUGCACUUAUUGAGAUCAUAUGAAGCUUAAUUAUAAAUUCUAAAUCUUGUUUCUAUAGUAACAUUUAAAAUGCCUGAGGUUUUAUUAGUUUCAUAUUUUCAUUUUUACUUCAGAAAAUAAUAAUUUAAACUUGACUGAUUAUUAUUGUUGAGUCUUUACUGAAGUUGAUUAUUCCAUUAAUCUGAGUAGACUGCAAUUAAGGGAUUGCUCAAUAUUUGUGUUUGUAUUAUAUCAAUAUAACUGAAUAGUUUUUGUAAUUUUUGAUAUAUAAUGGGUGUUAAAAUUGAUGAACAGAUUGCAUAGAUCUCAAACAAAUAAGUAAUAUAUUAUUUAAACUUACUUAUCUGUGAAAUUUGUUCAUAUUGGAUGCUUACAAGAAGCAACAAAUAAUCCUGGAUUGAAAAAUUUGAUUCAUUUUUUUUCUGAAUUGGACUCGGAGUACUUACCUAUUCUUUUAUCUCUGGUAUUUUAAGAGAUUUUAAGAGAAAACAAUGGACAAUGUGGAUACUUUCUAUAUUUGCAUGUAAUGAAAUUUUAAAUUACUCUUCUUUCAAACUUAAUGGUGUCUGUAGCCAAAAUAAUGUGGUUGUUGUUUUGUUAUUCAAUUGCCAGUAGAAGGUCAUUUUGAGAUAUUUAAUUUAUACUGGGGCAAAAUAGAAGUAUGAAUUGGUAAU